AUGACGCGUCUCGAGCCGCGGCGCCAUCGCCGGCGAGAUUACUGGAUGUUGCGCUCCGCAUCCCCGCGUGUGAGCGGGCCGCCGCAGCUCGCGGCGCGCGCGGCGGCGCUCCGGCGGCUCGUUGUGGCGAUCUGCCUUGUCCUUGCUUGCACACGUGGCGUUGUCGGAGAGGCUUCCAGUGCUGGUGCUGCUGUGUCGUCACCAGCGCCUCUCCGGUGCCAGCCAUUUCCGCCUCCUUCCCACCCCCCUUCCCCCCCUUCCCCCCCUUCUCCCCCUCCCCCCACCCGCUCAGCUUCCAGUGCUGGUGUUGCUGUGUCGUCACCAGCGCCUCUCCUGUGCCGCCCCAUCAUCCCCCUCUCUCGCUCCCCUCCUUAUCGCCCCCAUUUCCCCCUUCCCCCACUCCCCCCACCUCCAGUGCCCUCCAGUGCCCUCCAGUGCCCUCCAGUGCCUGUGCUGCUGUGCCGUCACCAGCGCCUCUCCAACUGCUGCUCAUUCCCCAUCAUCCCCCUCUCUCCCUCCCCUCCUUAUCUCCCCCAUUUCCCCCGUCUCCCACCCCCUCAGACCUCCAGUCCCGGUGCUGCUGUGUCGUCACCAGCGCCUCUUCCCACUACCUCCAGUGCCGCUGCUGCUGUGCCGUCACUAGCACCUCCCCGGUGCCACCCCAUCAUCCCCCUCUCUCCCUCCCCUCCUUAUCUCCCCCCCUCCCCCCGCUUCUCCCCCUCCCCCCCCCCCCCCCCCCCCACCCACUCAGACCUCCAGUGCCGGUGCUGCUGUGUCGUCACCAGCGCCUCUUCCCACUGUGCCGGCCAUUUCCGCCUCCUUCCCCACCCCGCUUCCCCACCUUCUCCCCCUCCCCCCACCCGCUCAGCUUCCAGUGCCGGUGCUGCUGUGUCGUCACCAGCGCCUCUCCUGUGCCGCCCCAGCUGCUCAUUCCCCUUCCCCACUCUUCCUCCCCUCCUUGUCUCCCCCAUUUCCCCCUUCUCCCCCUCCCCCCACCCACCCAGACCUCCAGUGCCGGUGCUGCUGUGUCGUCACCAGCGCCUCUCCAGUGCCGCCCCAGCUGCUCCCAAUAGAAUCCUAUCAAAGUGUCCACAUUCGCUCCUGCUGCUCUCCUGCAGUGCACUCGGCUUAUCCGAUCUCAGCCCACGAACCACAGCCACCGACCGACCGCAACUGCACCCACCCCUGUACGCCCACUCUUUCUUGCUGCACUCCUGCCCUGCAGCUGACUUACCGAAUUUCACCCCACCAUCCACUGACCCGCUCCAGCCACUCCUAUCGCACUGCGCCCGCUCUCUCCUGCUGCAUUGCUGCCCUGCAGCUGACUUACGAAGUUCCAGCCCACGGGAGCAGGAGUGGGAAUGGAAUGUAACCCAAGGGCUUUUGAGCCUUGCGUGUGGGGAAUUCGCGAAGUCUGAAACGACCAGCAGAGAUAAGGCGAUUGAAGGGGAGACGGAAGAGCAAGCAGGAAUUGGGAGCGAAGGGGCUGGUCUGAUGAAGGAAGAGGGUGAGAGAGCAGGAGAGACACAGCAGCAGGAGUUGACUUUUGAGUCGACUCGAAAGUCAACUGAGGCGAUUGAAGGGGAGGCGAAGGAGCAAGCAGGAAUUGGGAGCGAAGGGGCUGGUCUGAUGAAGGAAGAGGGUGAGAGAGCAGGAGAAACACAGCAGCAGGAGGGACAAGGGCAGCAGCAGCAGCAGCAGCAGGGGCAGCAGGGGCAGCAGAAACAGAAGCAGCGUAAAUGGGAGACUGGGCAAAGUGAGGGGGCUGGACAAACGCUUUACUUGUGUCUCAGUAACAGCAAGGUGACUCUCGAUUUGGCUCACAAAUCGUUUGAGGGAGGGGAAGCAGCAGGCAGAGGAGUAGUGCUGCUACUGUGUGUCAGAAGCAGCAGGGAGAGAGAGGGGAUGGGAAGUGGAGGAGGGGACAAGGAGGGAGAGGGUAUGAGAAGUGGACAGGGAGUGGAGGGAAGAACGCUAGAACAAAGGGUUGGGAAGGCAUUGGAUAGGGAAAAGGGGAGAGGUGUGAGUAGGGGAGAAGAGCGGAAGGGGAGGGGGAGAGGAGACGGGUGGAAUGGGGAGGGGAUGGAGGGAGCUGACAUGGGGGAGAGAUCAGUCAAGGAGGCGGGCGGCUCUGCUGCGUACAUGGGGGAUAGAUCAGUCAAGGAGGCGGGCGGCUCUGCUGCGUAUCAGUCAAGGAGGCGGGUGGCUCUGCGCGUGAGGCUGAGUGGGCAGGCACGCAGUGCCACGUCAGCAGUCGCGACGUCAGCAGGCCAGGCACCAGCUCAAGCUCCUGCGGCCGAACCUCCUGCCGCACCUCCUCCCGAACCUCCUGCCGCACCUCCUCCCGAGCCUUCUGCCCCACCUCCUCCUGAACUUCCUGCCGCGCCUCCUCCCGAGCCUUCUGCCCCACCUCCUCCUGAACCUCCUGCCGCUGCUCCUCCUGCCGAACCUCCUGCAGCGGCCCCUCCACCAUCCGAGCCUCCUGCUGCCGCCCCUCCACCAUCCGAGCCUCCUGCCGCCGCCCCUUCACUUCCCCCCGUUGCCCCAUCACCCGAUGCCACUGCCAUUCCCCCCACACUCCCUCCCAUCCUUCCCCCUACACUUCCCCCAGCCUCUCCCCCUACACUCUCCCCCGCCUCUCCCCCUGCUCUCCCCCCAACAUCUCCCCCUGUUCUCUCCCCAGCCUCCCCCCCUGAUCCCCCUUUCGUCCCCCCUCCCUCUCCCCCUCCCCCAGACCUAGGCACCCUCACUCCUACUGCCGACUCCCCUCCCCCCUCCUCUCCCUCCUCCCCUCCCUCCUCUCGCUUCCCUCCUCCCCCAUCCUCUCGUACCCCUCCCAUCUCCCUCAUUCCUGGUACCUCCACCUCUCAUCCUCCCCCGCCUCCUCCUCAAACAAUUUCCAACCCUUCCCUUCCCCCUGCUGCUGAUCCCCCCUCACUUCUUUCCCCCUCCCCUGCUGCUUCCCCUGCCCUUGCCCCCGAGCUUUCCCCCUCUUUCCCCCCUAUAGGUUCCCCUUCCCCCUCUCCCCCUCUCGCCCCCGCCCCCGCCCCUUCCCCUGAUUUCCCCACCGCCAUCUCCCCUGCUCCUUCCCCUGCCCUUGCCCCAGCGCCAUCCCCAGCCGCCCUUCCCCCUGUGCUUCCCCCUGAGCUUCCCCCUGAGCUUCCCCCUGAGCUUCCCCCAGCUGCUUCCCCCCUUCCCCCAGAUCCCCCACAACCCCCCCCUCACCCUCACAGACCCCCUAAACGACACCCCCCACGCGCCCCCCAACCCCCUCCCCCUUCCGAGCCUCCUGCCGAGCCUCCUGCCGUCCUUCCUGCCGAACCUCCUGCCGAGCCUCCGAGCCUUUCCCCUGCUUCCAGCCCUUCCCCCUCCCCCUCUGCUGUCUUCCCCCUUUCCCCUUCUCCUCCCCCACCUCUCUCCCCCCACCCCCAUCGUUUCCCCCCCACUGCCCCCACUCUCUCCUCCCCUUCCUCAUCCCCUCCUCCUUCCCCACCUUCUUCCUCCUCUCACCCUCCAUCCUCACUCUAUCCCCCUCCACACACUCUCCCCCAUCCCCCUCCUCCACUCCCCCCUCCCCCGCCCCAUUCCCUUCCCCAACCCCUCCCCCCUCCCCCUCCCCCUCCCGUCCAUCACCCUAUAAAACACCACCCCCCUCUCUAUGCCGGCACACCCCGCAGCUUCGCUCCUGUCACCCUCACACCUCCCCCUCCUCCUCCCUCGCCUCCUCGCCUCCAAUCCACCCCUCCUCCUAGCUUAUUCCCAUCCUUCCCUCCUGCCGAAGUAAGUUCUCCUUUCUUCCUCCCUCCUCCCUUCUCUGAUUACUUCUCUCCCUCCUCUUUCUCCUUCUCCCCUGCUCUCUCCUCCUCUGCUUUGUCCUCCGCCAUUCACCGUCGGUUCGUCAAGCCCGGCCGCUGUCCUGCCGUCACCACCACCGCCACCGCCUCUCAUCCUUCCGCCCCCUCCCCCCGACAGCCGAACCGAAGUGAGUACUCUCCCUUUCAAUCUCUCCCACUCGUUCCCCCCUCCCUUGUCUCAUCACUCGCCCUCUCUGCACUUCAUUCCCACCUCUCUUCACCUCUCUCCACCGCUCCCUCUCGUUCCCCUCUCUCUCCCUUCGCUGAUUGCUUCACUCCCACCAUUCUCCCGACACCCACCCACCCAUCUCCUCUUUUCUCCCACCCCCUCCCUGUUACCCCCACCCUCCUCUUCCACUCCUUCCCUCCCCUGCCUCUGCGCCCUCCCAAUGCUCGCCUGCACUCCUCCUUCGACUCCUUCCUACACAACGUCCCCUCGUUCGCGCGAGAGCUCGCCUCGCCCCUCCUCUUACAGCCCCCUCAAGUGGAGAUCAACCACUCCCCAGCCCUCCUCCUCCUCCUUCCCCCGAUCAGCCUCUCUCACCCGCCUCUCUCACCCGCCAUCACCGCUAAUAGCAAGCCCCAACUCUUUUCUCAUCUAGCAUCACCACCUACCCUUUUAAUAAGAGAAGGAGGGGAUUCAGUGGGAGGGGAAGAAGGUGCAAGGGUAGGAGUGGGGGGGAAUGCAGGAAACCAGACCAGUAGGGGAGUGGGAGAGGAGAGGCUCAAAAUAGCACUGGGAGUAGCCCAGGGCAUACGUUACUUGCAUGAGGACUCUUCCCCUUCUAUCAUCCACCGGGACUUGAAAUCUGCAAAUGUGCUGAUAGAUAGAGACUUGGUGCCUAAGAUCGCUGAUUUCGGGCUGGCUAGGACAGUGGUGGUUCGGCAGGAGAAGGAGUUGGGUAUUUCUGUCGUAGAAGAGGGGGGAGAAGGCAGGAAAAGGGGUGCGGGGAGUGGGAGCGUGGAGGGGGAGGAGGAAGGCAGGGAGAGGGAGGGAGAAGAGUCGGGGAAAGGAGAUUGGCUAAAUCAAGAGGAGAGCGGAGAGGGUGAGAGAGGAUGGUUGAUGGGAAGGCGAGGGGGAGGCGUGGCCGAGCGGAGGGAACUGGUAUCAGAGCAGAUGGUCGAUCAGAAUAAAAUGGUAUCAGCACAAAUGGUAUCGGGACAUUUGGUGGGCACGUUCGGUUACAUGGCUCCAGAAUACACACUCACGGGGAGUUUCAGUCUCAAGAGUGAUGUAUAUAGCUUCGGUGUUAUCCUCCUGGAGCUUCUCACCGGACGUAAACCUGUGGUCCGAACCGAGCCUGGAGGUGUGGAGAGCCUCGUGCAGUGGGCCAGGCCGCUGCUUGCCGAGCCUAGGCUGCAGGUUCGGCAGCUCGCCGACCCGUUGCUGGAGGGGAGGUUCGACGAGGGGAGUCUGGUUCGGGUGGUUUCCGUGGCUGGGAUGUGUGUUGCUGCUGAUGUUGCUAAACGGCCGGCCAUGAGUCAAGUAGUGGAGCCUCCCCACCAUUCACUUCCUCUUCUCUCCUCAACACUCCCUUCUUCCCCGUACCCACGUCUCACCAGCCUUCUUCCAAUCCGUUUUCCGAUAUCUCCCUUUCUGCCUGCCCUGCCCCUCUGUGCUCCCCAGCAAAUCGAGUUGACUCUGAGUCGACUGAAAAGUCGUCUCACGAACCUUCUUUCAAUCCAUUCUCCGUUUUCCGUUAUCUCCCUUCCUGCCUGCCCUGCCCCUCCUUGCUCUCCCCUUUUCAGCAGCAAAUCAGUAUCCGCACCAACAGCAACUGCAAGUGCUACCACUGCUACUUCCGCCUCCUCUGCUUCCUCUUCUUCUUCCUCCUCCUCCGCUUCCUCCUCCUCUUCCUCCCGUGUACCCUUCCGUGCCCCUCACCCCCAUCAGACCCCCUUCACCCCCACCCCCUCCAGAUCCCUCCUUUCCCCUUCUCACUCCUCCACUCACUCCUCCCCAUCUCGCCCCACCACACAAACCCCUCUGCUCUCCUCCCUCUCCUCACUCCCUCACCCUCACACCCAUCCCUCCCGUCUCCGCCCCUCCCACCCCUCCCCCUACUCCUCCCGUCAACCCCCACACUUCCCCUCUCACUCCCGCUCACAGUCCCUCUCUCACUCCCCUUCUCACUCCUCCUCCCUCGCCUCUCCCCACCACACACCCAGACGCCACCAUCCCUCCUUCCCACCGCCCCACUACCCCUCCCCAGAUAUACCUUCCCCAGCUGCCGCCUCCCCUGCUUCCUACUUAUCAGCAGAGGAGGGGUUUGAAAACCCAGGUGGAGGGGAGAGUAUGAGGGGGCCUGAAGGGAGUGGGGCAGGAGGGAUAGGGUUUUCCCUUCUGCCGCCUGUGCCAGAGGCAGAACGAGCGGCCAUGCCGAGACUUCUGAGGAUGACAGUUCAAGGGCUGGACUACAGUGAGGCAGGGGCGGUUGCUUUUUCCCUGCUGAAGCCUGUGCCAGAGGCAGAACGGGCGGCCAUGCCGAGACUGCUGAGAAUGACUGUUCAAGGGCUGGACUACAGUGCCAGAGGCACCUCAAGAACCAACUCGCCUUUCUCCUUGUCUUCCCCCCCUUCCCUUGUGCUGCAGUGGGGACCUGGCAUUGUCUUCUUGCAAGUCUGA